AUGAUUCGAUCAUUCCGCCUCCAGUCGCCCCUCGUGCGGCUCUCCCUUCGCUACUCCUCCACAUCUUCUACACCCGGGGUUGCUCCAUUAUUUGCAAAGAUAAAAACAGACUUGAAAGCUGCUAUGAGAGCAAAAGACACAGUCAGACUUGACGUCCUACGCGGAAUCAUAUCAGAAGUGAACAACGCAGCCAAAACACCAAAGCCCAUUGAGACUGAUCUUAGCCUUCUCGAUAUUCUCCGCAAGCGGGCCUCCAGCCUAGAGGCUAGUGGGAAGGAGUACGCGGCUGCUGGGCGUGAAGAUUUAACGGCCAAGGCGGCGGCGGAGCGGAAGGUGGUUGAGGAAUAUGCUGCACAGGUUGAGACCGUAAGCGAAGAAGCGAUACGCACUGCUGUUGAGGGAGUCAUCGCGGAACUCCGGGUAGGGGGUGAGAAGAUGGCUAUUGGAAGUGUCAUGAAGAAAGUACUCGCGGCUGGUGGACCUUUGGAUGGGAAGCCAGCGAGCAAGACGGUGGUUGCGAAAAUUGCUGGAGAAUUGGUCAAGGUGCAGGAACAGAAGUGA